GACACAUAUCUACAAUUUAUCACGUGACGUGUAUGAGGAAAUAUCGCAGCCAAAGAGGAGAAAGGUGGAUGUUCUACACAUUUUGAUUGAUAUCCGCCAAAAUCGUCGAAAAUGAGUGCUAGUUUGGACAUCAGACUGAAAAGAGCAAAUAAAGUAUAUCAUGAGGGGGUAAGGGUCAAUUUGCCUAAAUCUACAUCGUGAGAUAUACAGUAUAGCUAUCGAUGCUAACAAACUGUAAGAAGAGCAGACAUUUUUUCAGGCUUGUUUGGGUAGAAAGCUGUCAUUCCAAAUGGAAUAGCUUGUACACGUGCAUCAGUGACAGGUGAUACAGUGAAGUGUCAUAUAAGUAGAUAACCACGUGUAUUUUAACCUCUUCUACCCACGACAUGUUCUGUUAAUAGCUCGUGUUGACCAUUAUGUUAUACUCCAAACUUCACAAUACAGUGGCUAGGUUAACCGUGAGUUAGAUUACUGUAUUUCGUACCUCUGGCAACUUGGCAAGUCGUGUGCAUGAGAAUUGUUUUGCUUGCUUCUUGCUACAGAGCAAUCUUUCGUGUGUGUGUGUGUGUGUGGUGAAGAGAUGAUAAUGAUUAUUUUGACUGAUCAGUAGUUAUCCAUUUCUUCAAUGUGUAAGAUUUCUACUGCCGUCUAGUGGAUGUCCUGCGUUGUCGAACAUGAGUUAUCUAUGACGAUGACAUACAGGUAACUGCCAAAAUAAAGGAAACACUUGAAUAAAAGAGCGAUAGGAAGUAUAUUGAAAGCAGGUGCUUCCAUACAGGUGUGGUAUCAAAGUUAAGUAAGCAAUUAACAACCCAUCAUCGUGUGUGUGUGUGUGAGAGUCACCAGAUCUCAACCCAAUUGAACACUUAAGGGAGAUUCUGGAGCAGAGGCAGUGUUUUCCACCACCAUCAACAAAACACCAAAUGAUGGAAUGUUUUGUGGAAGAAUGGUGUCGCAUCCCUCCAAUAGAGCUCCAGACACUUGUAGAAUCUAUGCCAAGGCGCAUUGAAGACACUUUGCAGGUGUUUCCUUUAUUUUGGCAGUUACCUGUAUCAUCUCACCAAAUACCCCCUCUGGUCAUAGUACAGCUUUAUAAACACCCUAAACACCACAGUGUGAUACUUAGCCACAUUUCACAUUUGUAAUAUCAUUUCUGGUUUAUCAUGUCAGGAGGUCCUUGCCGGUGUUGUGGCGAUAGUGAGUAAGGAGGCGGUCCAGCACCAGGGCAUCACUCUCACCAUGGAGGGCAUUGUCAACCUACAGCUUAGCUCCAAGAGUGUGGGAGUCUUUGAGGCUUUCUACAACUCUGUCAAGGUGAGAGUCCAACAGUAUUUCCAAGCCCAAGGAUCACCACACGUUGAAUGCCUCUUUAACAUUUUUAGAUUAGAAUGUUAUUGUCAUGGACUGUUUAGUGCCAACAUGGAGGAUAGAUAGCUUGCCUAGGUCUGUAUAUCAAUGGCUCUGAUGUCACAGAUUGUUCUCUCCCCUCUUUCUGUAACAGCCCAUUCAACUUAUCACAAGCAACAUUGAAGUGGUAAAGCAAGGGAAGGUGCCUGGAGGCAAGACAGAGAUUCCCUUUGAGUUCCCCCUGCACACAAAGGGCAACAAAGUGCUGUAUGAGACCUACCAUGGUGUUUUCGUCAACAUUCAGGUAAUGACCACAGAGCUGGGGCCUGCCCUGCACUUUGCAGAUGGCUGUCUCCUGUGUUUUCAGACUAUGACCUAGAUUCUUCUCCAUGUCAGACAAGGGCCAGACCAGCCAGAGAACCAUACUAUACCUCCCAAAGCAGAUAUUUCAGUGUCCAAAAUUGAUUGUGUAUUCAUUUAGUCUAUUUUGGGGUCAGACCUGCUUCAGCCUGUGCUAUUUCUGAGGACUGUUUAAAAGAUCCCUUUUAUUGUCAUGUCAUCUAAAAAAUAAAAUGUAAACCCCUCUGUAUCUGUAGCUAAUGAGGUGUAAUGAUAGAGACAGAGAGGCACAGAUUGACAUUUCCUGUGUUUCAGUCGGUUGUCAUCUCAAGGAAACUGAAAAAACUAAAAACUAAAGGGAAGUUUGCUUAAAAAAACAUGUUUUCAUCACUGCAGAUGUAUAGGCCUAAGCAAUGAGAUAAUGUUAUUAGCAGAUGCUGAAAGGUCAUUUUCCAGCAAUCUUACAUUUUGCUGGAGUAAAAAUAAUGGGACAUUCUGUAGUUGCCGAGGCAUUUUUUUGUCCCCUGAAUCAGUCAAGCUUCAGAAAGGAGCUAGACGUAUUCUCUGUCUGCUAAAUUGAUGAGAUGUAGACCAACAUUUGAAUAGCCUAAUGCUUGAGCAUUAAACCUUUGGAAAACAAUGCUCUAAUAGGCUACAUCUUCUUGUAUUCAUAGGCUUUGUUUUUGUCCAAUAAGAAUGUUUACCCUUGAAAACCUAAAGUUGUGUGUCUUCUGAAACAGCACUAUCUAGUAGAUUAGGUAUUUUUUUAUUGCUUUCCAGAAUAAGCAAGGCAUUCAAAGGACAGAGGGUAGGCUCUGUACUGCAUCUAAUAUUAGACUUAAAAUUCAGAUAGUACUGAUGAGGAACCUCAUAGGGGGUGACUUGUCAGUCUCAAUUCUACUACUGGAAAAGGUAUCCAGCUUUAUUUUAAGGCAGGCUUCUAACAAUCACUCUGCCUGUUUCUCCUGACAAAAUCAUGUAAGAAAAAGUAUUUGUAUCCACAAAAGCCUUGUUACUAAUGUUAAUAAUUGUAUGGUGUUUAUGAUCUCAGUACACCCUCCGUUGUGACAUGAAGCGCUCCUUGUUGGCCAAAGACCUGAGUAAGACCUGUGAAUUCAUGGUGCACUGUCUGGUGAGAUCAACCAUCAUCCUGAUUCAGACCACUAUCUCAUCUCUUCUGAUACCAUACAAACACACCACCUUAACAUGAUCUGACAUUGCUUGAUUUUAAGUUUCAUGUAGCUACAGUAAGAAACAGCCCUGUAGAUUCUCAUACUUUUCUUCAAUAUACAGUGGGGGAAAAAAGUCAGCCACCAAUUGUGCAAGUUCUCCCACUUAAAAAGAUGAGAGAGGCCUGUAAUUUUCAUCAUAGGUACACGUCAACUGACAGACAAAUUGAGAAAAAAAAUCUGAAUCUGCAAUAGGUAAGCAGCUUGGUUUGAAGAAAUCAACUGUGGGAGCAAUUAUUAGGAAAUGGAAGACAUACAAGACCACUGAUAAUCUCCCUCGAUCUGGGGCUCCACGCAAGAUCUCACCCCGUGGGGUCAAAAUGAUCAGAAGAACGGUGAGCAAAAAUCCCAGAACCACACGGGGGGACCUAGUGAAUGACCUGCAGAGAGCUGGGACCAAAGUAACAAAGCCUACCAUCAGUAACACACUAUGCCGCCAGGGACUCAAAUCCUGCAGUGCCAGACGUGUCCCCCUGCUUAAGCCAGUACAUGUCCAGGCCUGUCUGAAGUUUGCUAGAGUGCAUUUGGAUGAUCCAGAAGAGGAUUGGGAGAAUGUCAGAUGAAACCAAAAUAUAACUUUUUGGUAAAAACUCAACUCGUCGUGUUUGGAGGACAAAGAAUGCUGAGUUGCAUCCAAAGAACACCAUACCUACUGUGAAGCAUGGGGGUGGAAACAUCAUGCUUUGGGGCUGUUUUUCUGCAAAGGGACCAGGACGACUGAUCCGUGUAAAGGAAAGAAUGAAUGGGGCCAUGUAUCGUGAGAUUUUGAGUGAAAACCUCCUUCCAUCAGCAAGGGCAUUGAAGAUGAAACGUGGCUGGGUCUUUCAGCAUGACAAUGAUCCCAAACACACCGCCUGGGCAACGAAGGAGUGGCUUCGUAAGAAGCAUUUCAAGGUCCUGGAGUGGCCUAGCCAGUCUCCAGAUCUCAACCCCAUAGAAAAUCUUUGGAGGGAGUUGAAAGUCUGUGUUGCCCAGCGACAGCCCCAAAACAUCACUGCUCUAGAGGAGACCUGCAUGGAGGAAUGGGCCAAAAUACCAGCAACAGUGUGUGAAAACCUUGUGAAGACUUACAGAAAACGUUUGACCUGUGUCAUUGCCAACAAAGGGUAUAUAACAAAGUAUUGAGAAACUUUUGUUAUUGACCAAAUACUUAUUUUCCACCAUAAUUUGCUAAUAAAUUCAUUAAAAAUCCUACAAUGUGAUUUUCUGGAUUUUUUUUCUUCUCAUUUUGUCUGUCAUAGUUGACGUGUACCUAUGUUGAAAAUUACAGGCCUCUCUCAUCUUUUUAAGUGGGAGAACUUGCACAAUUGGUGGCUGACUAAAUACUUUUUUCCCCCACUGUAGAUGCAGUUACAAGUGAAGUGAUGUUGUAAUCUGUAGUUACACAAUAUGACAUCAUACAUGAUUUCUAGGGGACUGUCCCUUCUCUGGGGCCAUGGAGACCAUUUGCUCAUGCUUAGACUGUCUCCUUUCUCUACUCUCAGCCACAGAAAGCCAAGCUGCAACCCACCCCGGUGGAAUUCACCAUCACGCCAGAGACCCUGCAGAAUGUCCGCGAGGUACAGCAGGCCUGUCGGAAUAUGACCAAAAACCUACAAAAUGUUCAAUGACAUUUAAUCUACACUGACCAAAAGUAUGUGGACACCUGCUCAUUGACCAUCUCAUUCCAAAAUCAUGGGCAUUAAUAUGGAGUUGGUCCCCCCUUUUGCUGCUAUAACAGCCUCCACUCUUCAGGGAAGGCUUUCCACUAGAUGUUGGAAAAUUACUGCGGGGACUUGCUUCCAUUCCGCCACGAGCAUUAGUGAGGUCGGGCACUGAUGUUGGACGAUUAGGCCUGGCUCGCAAUAGUCAGCAUUCCAAUUCAUCCCAAAGGUGUUCGGUGGGGUUGAGGUCAGGGCUCUGUGCAGGCCAGUCAAAUUCUUCCACAUCGAUCUCCACAAACCAUUUCUGUAUGGACCUCACUUUGUGCACGGGGGCAUUGUCAUUCUGAAACAGGAAAGGGCCUUCCCCAAACUGUUGCCACAAAGUUGGAAGCACAGAAUCAUCUAGAAUGUCAUUGUAUGCUGUAGCGUUAAGAUUUCCCUUCACUGGAACUAAGGGGCCUAGCCUGAACCAUGAAAAACAGCCCCAGACUAUUAUUCCUCUUCCACCAAACUUUACAGUUGGCACUAUGCAUUCAGGCAGGUAGCGUUCUCCUGGAAUCUGCCAAACCCAGAAUCGUCCGUCGGACUGCCAGAUGGUGAAGCGUGAUUAAUCACUCCAGAGAACGCGUUUCCACUGCUCCAGAGUCCAAUGGCGGCGAGCUUUACACCACUCCAGCCGACGCUUGGCAUUGCGCAUGGUGAUCUUAGGUUUGUGUGCGGCUGCUCGGCCAUGGAAACCCAUUUCAUGAAGUUCCCGACAAACAGUUGUUGUGCUGAUGUUGCUUCCAGAGGCAGUUUGGAACACGCUAGUGAGUGUUGCAACCGAGGACAUACUAUUUUUUACACGCUUCAGCACUCAACGGUCCUGUUCUGUGAGCUUAUGGCCUAACACUUCAUGGCUGAGCCGUUGUUGUAGACGUUUCCAUUUCACAAUAACAGCACUUACAGUUGACCGGGGCAGCUCUAGCAGGGCAGAAAUUUGACGAACUGACUUGUUGGAAAGGUGGCAUCCUAUGAUGGUGCCAUGUUGAAAGUCACUGAGCCUUCAGUAAGGCCAUUCUACUGCCAAUGUUUAACUAUGGAGAUUGCAUGGCUGUGUGCUCGAUUUUAUACACCUGUCAGCAACAGGUGUGGCAGAAAUAGCUGAAUCCACUCAUUUGAAGGUGUGUCCACAUACUUUUGUGUAUAUAUAGUGUACCUUUGGCAUUCUAGAUGUUGGUUUCCUGGGUCUUAAUCGGUCUACUCAGUCAUUGAUCAAAAUUGAUUUGAGGGAAACCAGCAGACACCGCAGCAGGAAUGUUCAGACCGUUAACAUCAUCCCAUUUUUGUAUUACUCACCAUCGUCUCCCUCAGAGGAGUUUGCUGCCCAAGUUCCUGAUCCGGGGCCACCUGGACGCCACGAACUGUGUGAUCACUCAGCCCCUGACUGGAGAACUGGUGGUGGAGAGCUCUGAUGUCGCCAUCAAGAGCAUCGAGCUGCAGCUGGUCCGUGUAGAGACCUGCGGUGAGUCUGACGCUACUUAACCCAUCGACACUGAACAAAAAUAUAAACGCAACAAUUUCAAAUAUUUUACUGAGUUGCAGUUCAUAUAAGGAUAUCAGUCAAUUGAAAUAAAUUAAUUAGGCCCUAAUCAAUGGAUUUCACAUGACUGGGAAUACAAAGUAGGGGCGUGGAUCAGAAAACAAGUCAGUAUCUGGUGUGACCACCAUUUGCCUCAUGCAGCGUGACACAUCUCCUUCGCAUAGAGUUGAUCAGGCUGUUGAUUUUGGCCUGAGGAAUGUUGUCCCACUUCUCUUCAAUGGCUGUGCGAAGUUGCUGGAUAUUGGCGGGAACUGGAACACGCACGUCGAUCCAGAGCAUCCUAAACAUGCUCAAUGGGUGACAUGUCGGGUGAGUAUGCAGGCCAUGGAAGAACUGGGACAUUUUCAGCUUCCAGGAAUUGUGUACAGAUCCUUGCAACAUGGGGCCGUACAUUAUCAUGCUGAAACAACAUGAGGUGAUGGUACGACAAUGGGCCUCAGGAUCUCGUCAUGGUAUCUCUGUGCAUUCAAAUUGCCAUCGAGAAAAUGCAUUUGUUUUCGUUGUCCGUAGCUUAUGCCUGCCAAUACCAUAACCCCAGCGCCACCAUGGGGCACUCUGUUCACAACGUUGACAUCAGAAACCACUCGCCCACACGACGCCAUACACGCUGUCUGCCAUUUUCACGGUACAGCUGAAACCGGGAUUCAUCCGUGAAAAGCACACUUCUCCAGCGUGCCAGUGGCCAUCGAAGGUGAGCAUUUGCCCACUGCAGUCAGGUCAAGACCAUGGUGAGGGUGAUGAGCACGCAGAUGAGCUUCCCUGAGAUGUUUUCUGACAGUUUGUGCAGAAAUUAUUCGGUUGUGCAAACCCACAGUUUCAUCAGCUGUCCGGGUGGCUGGUCUCAAACGAUCCUGCAGGUGAAGAAGCUGGAUAUGGAGGUCCUGGACUGGCGUGGUUACACAUGGUCUUUGGUUGUGAGGCCAGUUGGAUAUACUGCUAAAUAAUCUAAAAUGACGUUGGUAGAGAAAUGAACAUGAAAUUCUCUGGCAACAGCUCUGGUGGACAUUCCUGCAGUCAGCAUGUCAAUUGCACACUCCCUCAACUUGAGACAUCUGUGGCAUUGUGUUGUGUGACAAAACUGCCCAUUUUAGAGAGUGGCCUUUUGUCUCCAGCACAAGGUGCACUUGUGUAAUGAUCAUGCUGUUUAAUCAGCUUCUUGAUAUGCCACACAUGUCCGGUGGAUGGAUUAACUUGGUAAAGGAUAAAUGCUCACUAACAGGGAUGUAUACAACAUUUGAGAAAUAAGCUUUUUGUGCGUAUGGAAAUGUCUGGGAUUUUGUAUUUCAGUUUAUGAAACAUGGAACCAACAUUUUUCCAUGUUGCUUUUAUAUUUUUGUUCAGUAUAUUUAGAGGGCAGGCCCUGGUAGAAUACUUUUAACAAUGCAUCCUUCAAGGGAAUCGUUCAUCUGAACUGUACGUGGUUGAAUGAAAGUAAGAUUCCCAUUACUUUGCUUUCUCCAAUCCAGAUUAGUGUCUAAAGUGUUUGAACAGGCUCUAGUUGGUGUUAAAAGGGCACUGUUUUCCAAACAGACCCCUACCCACUCCUAUAGAAGUUUAAUAGCGUUUCUCCAUCCGUGCCAGGCUGUGCUGAGGGCUAUGCCAGAGAUGCCACAGAGAUCCAGAACAUCCAGAUAGCAGAGGGAGACGUCUGCCACAGCCUGCCCAUCCCCAUCUACAUGGUCUUCCCUAGGCUCUUUACCUGCCCUACCCUUGAGACUAUCAACUUUAAAAUCGGUGAGGUAACCUGUAAUAAAUACAAUUCAAAUAGUGCAACAGUUGAGUGGUUUACUGAUGACUGACGGGUGCGAUUCUUUGUUCCUCUGUAGAGUUUGAGGUGAACGUGGUGAUUGUCCUCCAUGACGAACAUCUGAUCACAGAGAACUUUCCUCUGAAGCUGUGCCGAGCAUGAGAGCCCAGAGGUCCACUGCAAUCUGGAGGAUAGUCAGGCAUGCCUUUGACAUGCCUGGGCAAGACCGACCUGAAGUGACCUGUUGGCUGGGCAUCCCUGUUCUGAAUCAAUGACACGGUCUAUAAGUGCAUGAUGUUAUAUGGAUGUAUGUCUACAGUUCAGAAAACAAGACUGAAAAAGCAGAGGAUGUUCAAGAUUAUGGGCUACCUUUCAAUAUAAUAGUGCAAAUGUCAAAAUGGACCAAGUAACUUAAUUGUGUAACAAAUCAUGACAUUGUUGAAGCUGCAUUGUUGCAUUUCAGAAGGUUUUUGGAGACACUGCCCACCAUUAGCAGUAAUAUGGUAAUUUUCUAACAGAAUGAAUGUUGGCACUAGCCCAAAUAACAUUCUAAAAUGGAGGCAUUUCAAACUAACAAGAAGGUAUACAAAAGCAACCAAGUUAUUAAAUGCAUUUUAACAUUCCA